AUGAUCCACAUCCUCACAGUAAUGCUCCUGAAAACACAGCUCUCCAUGGUUUCAGCUUUAUUUACAGUUGAAGUUCCUAAACAGCUAUACAUUGUAAAGUAUGGGAGCAACAUGACCACGGAAUGCAGAUUCCCUGUGAAUGGCUCAUUAAACCUAGGACUUCUGACUGUCGUUUGGGAGCAAAAAAGGCAGGUCCAGUCCAAAUCAAAAGUGGCAUACACACUCCACAAUGGGAAAGCAUUCAUUCCAUCCCAACAUCAUGAUUACAUAGAAAGAGCAGCACUUCUGCACUGUGACCUGAAACUGGGAUGAGCUAUCCUUCAUAUUACCAGUGUGAAGAACACAGAUGCAGCAUCAUGCCUUUGUCUCAUCAACUGCUGGGGUGUGGACUACAAGUACUUUACUUUGAAAGUAAAAGAAGCGUUUCCUCUGUCAGAUGUUUUCUGGCAAAAUGAGAACUUCAGUCUCAGUGUUUCUGCAAACACCACCUAUACGCCAACUGCAGACAGCCUCUAUGAUGUCACCAGCAUCCUGACAUUCACACCAAAUAUGAGUGAGAACUUCUGGAACAAAAAAGUGAAUGGAGAAACUUCAGCUCACAUUUCCACUUCAUCUUUAGUGAGUCCACAAUAUAGCAGACAAACAUCCCUGAUCUUAUUUAGCAUCACCACAUGUGUGAUGGUAGCUGUCCUUCCCUCUGCACUAAUAAUGUUUCAAAAGAGAAAACCAUUCAAGAAUAGGUAACUCCCAAAAGAUGUGAAAAGAAAACUGAACACUAACCUGAAAGAUAAGAACAAUAAGUCAUAUGGAGAUGAUUUUAACUCUCAGACUGAGGCUUUAUACUUGCCAACUGUCAAAGCCUCAAGAGACAGUGGGAGUGUGAGUCCUUGAAAAGUCUUCAUCUCACAUGCCAUAAUUUGCACUUUGUAUCUGUUUUGGGGGACUUCAAAGGAAAGUUACAGCAUUUUAGCCUUAAGAUGAACAGUGAACUCACGGGGAUUUAUUGGCCCUGCAGCAAUGGAAAGCUAUGCCUCUACAGAUCCUGAAGUUACUGAGAAUUAUGCUGUCAUGAAAUGUGGUUUACCACUGUGCAGAG